GGCCGUUCCGCCAUCUCGAUGUGUCCAAGUGUUCGAAUGUACUGACACCCUGAGGCAAUAAACACUUAUAAAACUUCUUGAUAUAGUGACACGUACUUGAGAAUGGAUAUUGAUCAAAAUUUAACAUAACACCUAUCCACCAAGCUGCACAAGUAAGGGGCUGGCCAGUAUACGACCACAGCUCUGGAAUCGCUCCCUCACGCCCGCUAGCCUUCAUCUGAACUUGAAUACCCUCAUUUCGGCAUUCGUAGACGAAGCCACUGACCCAAAGCGUGAUGUGAGUAACAUGAGUUAGGCACCUAAGCUACCACCAUUUACCAGAACAAAAAAAAAAAAAAUGAGGCUAAUCCCGCCCCUGGCGAUGAUGUGGUUGUCAGUAUUAACGGGGACGGGGUCACCUAGUCGAUCCCCCGUGUCUUGGUUUCAGAUUGCGACUCUGCGCGCCGGGGAGCUUUGGGCAGGGCGCUGGGCCCAUAUCAGCUGUUUUCCAGGAACCAUAGCGUCUCAACUUACCCGCAGCGGCAUCCACCAUCAUGCGUUUGCUUGCACCCUUUGACGUUCUUUCGCAAUGUCAAUCAAUCAUCGACAGUUGGUUUCUUCUGUGCUGCUGCUGAUGAUCCAAGCAUCGAUCCCCAGCUGCUGGCAGCUAGCUCUAUCUAGUUACCUAGUACUUCGUAGACAUCAUCUGUAAAACUGUUCUUGCAUUUUUGUAGAGUCUAUGAUUUGCUUACUAUGAUCUUCAUACUUUCGUUACAUUAAUAUUAUUGGUUUUUUUUUUUUUUCUUUUUU